ACCUAUUUUAUUGCUUAUUUUGGAUAAUUUUGGUAGUCUUAAGGCUCUCUUAGAAGUUUGUUGAGGGCCCCUAAUGGGUUGAAGAUGACUGGUCUAUAACAUUUUGACAAACAAAGCCUCUCUAAAUCCAGCCACACCCAAAGUGAUUGAGACCUUCAGUGAAGCUCCUCCUACAGCAAUCCACCAAUAAAUGCUGGAGUCAAACUCAGAGAGAAAUCACUCCAUACUGAAAGCUCCAUGACUUCUUGUUGGUGUUGAUAGAAGAGCUGAGAAGAUGAGAGAUUCACAACCAUGCAGAAUAAAGACUGAAGAUACUGAAGAACAAAGAGAUUUCAUGAUGGAAAUAAACAAGGACAAUCAUCCUGAACUGAAUAAAGCUGAUGAAACGCAUCAUAAUAUUACAACAAUACAGAAUGUUGCACAGAAAGGAACUCGAAGAACAGGAGACAAACUGUGUAAAAAGAGGUUGAAAAAAGAUGGACUUCCUACAAAUCGCUCAAGGAUUCACAGUGAGGAGAAGCCCACUUGUCAUCGCUGUGGGAAGAGUUUCAACAGAAAAUCAAACCUCGCAAUGCACAUAAAAAUACACACUGGAGAGAAACCGCUCGCUUGCCAUCAGUGUGAAAAGACUUUCCUAAAUACAAAAGAACUUAAAAUACACAUGAGAACUCACACUGGCGAGAGACCAUACACUUGUCACGAAUGUGGAAAAUGUUUUACCCAAAUAGGACACUUAAAAAGACAUACGAAAAUCCACACUGGCGAGAAAUCAUACACUUGUCACGAGUGUGGAAAAUGUUUUACCGAAAUAUCACAUUUAAAAACACAUAUGAAAAUCCACACUGGAGAGAAACCAUUCACGUGUGAUCUGUGUGGAAGGAGUUUUUCAUGUCUACGUAACCUUAACAUACACACAUUUAUUCACACCGGAGAGAAACCUUUUACAUGCAGUCAAUGUAAAAAAAGAUUCAGAUGUAAAAGCAACCUUACAGCACACAUGAAAAUUCACAGUGAAGAGAAACCUUUCGCUUGUCUUCAGUGUGAAAAGUGUUUCAGAGACGCAAAUCAACUUAAGACACACAUGACAAUUCACACUGGAGAGAAACCAUUUGCAUGUCAUCUGUGUGAGAAGAGUUUUACAACUAAAGGCAUUCUUAAGACACACAUGAGAAUACACACUGGAGAGAAACCUUUCAUGUGUCAUCUGUGUGGAAAGAGUUUUUCACAACUAACACACCUUAAGAUUCACGCAAGACUUCACACAGAAACUCUUUACAUGCAGUCAGUGUAACAAGUGUUUCAGUAUUAAACCCAACCUUAAAGUACACAUGAAAAUUCACAGAGAUGAGAAACCUUUCGCUUGUCUUCAGUGUGAAAGUGUUUCCGAGAUUAAAGUCAACUUAAGACACACAUGACCAUUCACACUGGAGAGAAACCAUUCAUAUGUCUCCAGUGUGGAAAGAAUUUUACAAGUAAAAGCGCUCUUCGGAUACACAUGGCAGUUCACACUGGAGUGAAACCAUUUGUGUGUCAUCUGUGUGGAACGAGUUUUUCAUAUCUAUCCAGCCUUAAGAUGCAUGCAAGAGUUCACACCGGAGAGAAACCUUUUACAUGCAGUCAAUGUAAAAAAAAAUUACAAGUAAAAGCAACCUUACAGAACACAUGAAAAUUCACAGUAAAGAGAAACUUUUCGCUUGUCUUCAGUGUGAAAAGUGUUUCAGAAAUAAAAGUCAUCUUAAGACACACAUGAGAAUUCACACUGAGAGAAACCAUUCAGAUGCUAUUAGUGAGAUUCAAAAGAAAAAUUCGCCCUAACGCACGCGUGAGAAUUCAUGCUGGAAAGAAACCGUUCCCAUCUGUGGAGUAAUUGCGAUUUAUACAUUUGCAUAGGACCUAUGUUUUAGGCUAUACGCUGCAGUUUUCGUUUUAACUUUGCGUCAUUGUUCACCUCGAUGUGCAUUACACAAUCAGAUCCUAGUGUUGAUCUAAAAAUGAACUCAUGAAUCAGCCCUAGUAAAAAAAAUUGUAUGCUAAAUAUUUUUCAUUUUGAUAUAUUUCGGUAUACUUUAUUAGUGUGCUAUUGAUAAGCUGACAUGAGUGCUAUUU